UUGAGCAAAUUGGUUUAACCUUUUGACAUUGGUGAUAAUUAUUGUGUAUGAUAAGAGCCUACCAGCAAUAUAAAAGCAAUGUAUGCGUACACUCCUCGGUAGUUUUGAUUUAUGCGGUAAAUACUUAGUUUGACCAGUGAUCAUAAUUAGCAUAAAAUGCCAUACAAAGUGGAACAGCUCCCAACGAAGUUAGCAUAUCUAGGUGAAGGGCCUCAUUGGGAUGUCGAGACACAAAGUCUUUAUUUUAUAGACAUUUACAAUGGAAGAGUUCACCGUUAUUCAUAUGAUGAAAACAAGGAGUACACAGCGAAAAUAGAAAAUGAAGACGUUGUGUCAUUCAUAGUACCGGUAGAUGGUGCAAAAAAUAAGUUUGCUGUUGGCAUCGGUCGACGUGUUGGAAUUAUUGACUGGGAUGGCAAGUCGCCGAAAGCAAAAGUUGAACGAAUUGCUUUUGAAGUUGAGACCGAGAACGAAUACAAGAUGAACCGCUUCAAUGAUGGCAAAGCCGAUCCCAGGGGGCGUUUGUUUGCAGGUACUAUGAGGAUGGAACGCGAUGUUGACAUUUUCGACUACAGAUUAGGGACUCUGUAUAAUUUUGGAAAUAAUUUGGUUACGAAAAUGCGAUCUUCUAUUGGAUGCUCUAAUGGAUUGACGUGGAAUGAGAAAACGGGAAAGAUGUACUAUAUCGACUCGGUGGACCUAAAUGUUCGUGAAUUGAACUACGAUUUCGAUAAGGGACAGAUAAUAGGUGAUGGAUCUGUUACGAUUGAUUUUAGUGAAAGUGGUAAACGGCCUAACUUCGUACCUGAUGGAAUGACAAUCGACUGCGACGGCUUCUUGUACGUAGCGACAUUUGGAGUAUCGAAAGUUUUCAAAAUCGACCCAAAAAAAGGAGAAAUCGUGCUAUCAAUCGAGUUUCCAUGCGAACAAAUAACAUCCUGUGCCUUCGGUGGACCAAAUCUUGACAUCCUUUACGUGACAUCUGCUUACAUGGGCAAGGAUAAAGACAAGCCAGCACCAGCCGGCGCAACCUUCCAAGUGACUGGCUUGGGAGCGAAAGGGCUUCCAAUGGCUAAAGUUAGAUUAAUGUCAUAUAAAGUAGAAAAACUGCCUACGGCACCAGCUCACAUAGGCGAAGGACCACAUUGGGAUAUAGAAACCCAAAGUCUUUAUUUCAUAGAUGCCUACCGUGGAAUGAUACGUCGUUAUUCUUAUGACGAGAAGAGAGAGUACGCAGCGAAAGUAGGAAAAGAAAACGUCGUAUCGUUUAUAAUACCGGUAGAUGGUGCCCGAAAUAAAUUUGCUGUGGGCGUGGGUCGGCGUGUUGCAAUUGUUGCCUGGGAUGGCAAAUCGCCGACAGCAGAGGUGGAACGAAUCGCUUUUGAAGUGGAGACCGACAACAAGUACCAGUUGAACCGCUUCAAUGAUGCCAAAGCUGACCCAAAAGGCCGUUUAUUUGCCGGAACUAUGAGGGAAAUCGACGGUGAUUUGUUUGGUUAUAGACUGGGAGCUCUGUAUUCUGUUGGAGAGGGUUUAACAGUUACCAAAUUGCGAUCUAAUAUUGGCUUAUCUAACGGAAUGACGUGGAAUGAAGCCAAGGAGAAAAUGUAUUACAUCGACUCGACGGACUUAAAUGUUCGUGAAUUCAGAUAUAAUUUCGAGGAAGGGAAGAUCCUAGAUGAUGGAUGCAUUACAAUUGAUUUUAGUGAAGAUGGUAAACGACCCAAUUUCGUACCUGAUGGAAUGACAAUCGAUUCAGACGGCUUCUUGUAUGUAGCGGGAUUUGGGGCAUCGAAGGUUUUCAAAGUCAACCCGGACAAUGGAAAGGUCGAGCUGUCAAUUGAACUUCCAUGUGAACAAAUAACUUCCUGUGCUUUCGGUGGUCCAAAUCUUGACAUUCUAUAUGUGACAUCGGGAUAUAUGGGCAGGGAUGGCAAGGAUAAGCCAGCACCAGCUGGCGCAACAUUCCAAGUAACUGGCUUGCAAGCUAAAGGCCUUCCCAUGGCCAAAGUUAAACUAUAAAAAUUCAUA